GAAAUAUACAGACUCACUCAGCGCACAUACAGCUUCUCAAACCGCUCUGUUUCUCAUGCACAAUAAUGUUAGUGGAAGGCAGGAUGAGGUAGAAUUGUGUGUAUAGAUCAACCCUAAUGUUCCAGUAAUUUGUAGCACAUUAUGUUAUUGAUUGGUUUUGCGCUGUAAUUAAAUACAGUAAUAACAGGGAUAUGGAAAGAUUUAUUAUGAUUUAGCUGAAGCACCGCAUUAUACAGUGGCAAGUAGUGUAAUGAAAUUAUCCAGUACUUGCUGUAUAGUUAUCAAAAAUAAUGAUCCUAUUUGUGUCUGAAUGGGAAGAGGUAUAAUAUGAUAUAAGUUUUGCCAACGUUGCAGUAGCCCAUUAUAGGCUUCUAAAGCGCAGUUUAUGGCUGUCUCCCACCCAGUGAUUGCUGACAGGGGGGUUUAAAACCACACACACGCAGAGGCACUCAGUCUUAGUUUGUUUUCAUGUCAUGGAGGGAGAAAUGCUGAUGAUUGUGCGGGGAACAGAAAUGGGAAAAUGGCAGCAUUUCUGCAGAGUGAGAAGCGUAUCAGGAAAUAGAGGGCUCCUGAGGAGCAAAAAGAAGCCAGUGCCAAGAAUUUAGCUACUCUUCGCUGCUUUUCUGAAAGAGUCAACAGGCAACCAGUCGAUAAAUACAUAUUUUUUUCCCCUUCCUAGCAAAUCUUGAGAGCUGAUAUUCUGGUGGAGAGCCGUUUAUCAUGCCUGCUGCCUAACAUAGAAAUGGGAAAACGCACAACAAACACACAGACGUGUAAUGAAAUUGUUGAUGCUGGAGGUGAAAUCAUGAGAAUCUGUUUGCUGUACAGAAGACAGUAUAUUACAUAUCGGUAUAUGAUAUAACCUGUGUUCAUUUUCUUCUUUCCUCAGACAUAAGCUGAGCAAAAAACAGAUAAACAGAUUUUUUUUCCUACAAUGAAAACAAGCCCUGAAGUCCAGGUUCAAAAUUCGUGUGUAAAUUCUACUGAAUCUAAAACUUAAAUGUGCUUAAAUGUGAUAUUUACAUUAUACUGUAUGUCAUGGUGUUAGUUGACAGAUCUGAUCUGGUUUAACUUGUGUGACUUGGUUGUUUAAUAGCACCACUAAAUUGUAAAUGUUGAGAUAGAGAAAGAUCAUGUUUAUGUACAUACAACAGAAUUCAGCAACUUUAAUUUUGAAAAUUACCGUCAACAUGUAAAUACAGCUGUUGCUUGUUGUGUAGAAAUGGAUGAAACUUAGAAUAGAUGCAGAAAGAAGUAACUAACUGCUGAUUUUUCAGAAACUAAAAUGAAAUGAAAAUGGUGCUCCUCAGGAUUAUGUGUAGUCCUGCUUAGAAAAUGGACUUGAUGAUUGAUCAUGAUAGUCGACACCUUAGGAGCAGUUACCUACUAAAAAUACUUUAAAGGAGGCCUUUGAUGAAACAGCAGCAAGUUCACUGGAACAUUUUUGUGUUUAACUGAACAAUUUUUUUCAUUUUGCCCCUCACUGACAACACAAACAAACCAAUAUACAGUAAAUGAUUUAUAAUAUUGCAUGUACACAGCUGAGAGGAAUCUAAACAGAAUAUGCUCACAUUUGCUUGUUUUUGCAAUUAUGUAUUUAAAUUAUUCAUGCCAUUGAUAGGCUGUAGAUGCAGGCGGUGAGAAGAGGGUUUUUAUCUUGUAAUCCAGCCAAACGUAAUGUACAAUUAUUAUGCAGAUACAUGGACCUAAAAUAACCAUCAGAUUUAAGAAUGCAAUAUUGUUUUGUUUUUUUUAAAAAGAGGAAGAAAUAAGCACAUGCAGUAGCUCUCUCUCACCCUGGGUAUCCCUUUGAUUCUCACCUCUUUUUCUUCCAUAAACACUAAAAAUACCCAAGUGACCCUCAGGAGACAAUGUGCACAUUCAGCUCUCACAGCAGCAAACUCGCUGACAUCACAGUGUCCCGUGCAGGUGGAGGACACCACGAGCUGUUUCCGCCUUAUGCCCGCAGAUACUGCUGUGAGGAACCCACGGGGACGGAAAGGAAAAUAGCAGACAACUCAUUUACCCCUUAACAUCCUUGGAAGCUGUGGAGCUGUGAGCCAGAAUAGAGUCGACUGUGGGACUUGCUUUGGAUUGUAUAUAUGCUCAUGCCGGUGUGUGUGUGUGUGUGUGCGUGAGCUGAUAAUAGCAGCCCCAUUGGUAUUCAGUGGAGGGAGCUCCAGGAUCUCGCUGCGCCUUUCCCCAGGAUGGGAUCACAGAGCAGGGAUUGUGCUCGCCUGUGGAGAGCCCGCUGAAAUGGAUCUGAAGUCUUGCAGAGAUGGACACCAAAUGGGCAGCAUGGAAGCCAUCACACACCCUCCAGCGACUAGCUUUCCACACCUAACCGCCGCCACCAUCUCCAGCCAUCAACUUGAGCCACCGCAGCAAGGAGUGAACCUGCAGAGUUGAGUCUGGACAAGCUAGACAGAGAUACCAGAAGCCCUCUACAGGAAGUAGAAAAAAGCAGAGGGUGACAAGCCUCAGAGGAGUUGACUUAAAACAAACCAAUCAACCUGUUGAGCAUACGAUUGAGCUUUUUGGACUUUAUCUGAAAUGAAAUAAGCUGCAGUGAUGCUUGAGCAAUGGUAUGGAGCUUUUGAACAUGUCCGGAUUUAUCGACCGGAUAACCAGUCGAGAUUACGGCACUUUUGUGCACACCUCAGAGCUGGACCACUUUUCCAGAUUGGCUUGUGGGCAAAAGCGAGUAAUUGAAAAUCCCACUCAAGGGGGUCUCUCUUCUGAUUUUUUGUGGGGGAAGAGGAGUUUUUCUUUAAAAAAGGAACAAUUUCAUAAACCUCCUCUCUGUAUCCCACAUUUUGCCCUCUUUCUUUUUCACCAUCUUUCUCACACAUUGCAGAGAAAUACAUUAUGAAACAGCACCAUUCUUCUUCAUCCUCCCUCGGUGAUGGAGAGAGAGGAGGGACAGACUGUCCAGAAUAGAUAACGAGAAAGGAGACUGGCACCAAAGAGAGAAGAAGGAGAAUAUCGCAGAAAAUAGAGGGAAACAGGUGGAGAGAGAAAGAAGACGACAGAGAAAGAAACACGAACGCAAGAAAAGAGAAACGGAAUUAACUAGGAUUGUUUCAAAUCCUCUCUGAGACUUAGAGUCUCUUUCUAAUUCAUCUCUGCUGGAUUGGAGGCAAGUUAGUGCAAUGGGCAGGGGAGGGGUCAGGAUUUACACCAGGGGGGGCACUUGAGCAGGAGAGUAGGGUUAUGUCCCCCAUGCACCUGCCUGGUCUGUAUCUCAGUGUUUGGCAGGAAGACCGACUGAAAGAUGGCUUGGUAAACAGACAGCUAUAGUGAGUGACAGACAAGCUCUGAGACUGGUAAGACAGACAGACAGACAGGAAGACGGGUACGCAGCCUAUUCCAAGUGUCAGGCAGAGAGCCAGACAGACAUCCAGUACCGGCACAGUAGACAGUGUGCGAUUCAUUGUCAUUCCAUGCAGUGUGUGAGGAAGAGACAGAGAGAAGGAAAGAAAGCAGAGGACAAAAGAAGAGGAGCAUCCCUGUGUUUGUAGCUUCUAGAGAAUCUCACUCCAUCUGCAUCCACCUCAGUCAGUACUGUGGCAAGCCCAUGCACUAAAAACAAAAAAAAAGAAAAAAGAAAGAAACAGGCUGAGAGGGAGGGUGCUGUUGCUAGAAAGGAAAUACACAUUGGAAAGAGAGAGGGAGGGCGGCAGGCAGAGAAACAGAGGGAGAGAGCAGGUGUCAGAAAUCCUCCCCUUCAUCUGCUUGUCAUUUACUCCUUUAUGUUCUCUCGUCGUCUGGCGAGGUGAUUGGUUUUCUGAUGCUGGUGUUCCUCUAGUCGUAGGCCCGCCGCAAUCCUGUGGAAAACAAGAAGUGUGCAGACAGAAGAAAACAGAAAAAGACAGCAUAAAAGGAAAGGUGGAGCCUCAUUUUGAUUGACUAAUUUUUCACCCCUUCCUUUUCUUAUUUUUCAAGACAGGCUCUUGUUGUUUUUUGGCUUCUUUUUUUUUUACAAGAAAGAGAUAGACAGAAGAAAAACAAUGGCCCAAUCAAUCCCUCAUUCUCUUUGUACACAGAAUUGAACCUCUCCUCUCAUCAAUUGUUGAUUUUUCUUGCCUUGUCCUAAAGGGAUUAUUUUAUCCAUCUCAGUAUAAACACUGGAAUCCUCUAGUUUCCCUCUUUACGUCCUCACCCCCAAUGACACAGUGUGAACCCCUCUGACUCCCGCACAGCGUCCCCCCCAACGACUGAAGUGCUAAAACCCUGUGGUCUCAGAUCUCAGUGCCUGUGUUGACUCACUACUAGAGCGAUAAUAUGGCACAGCGCUUCUGAUAACGUCUGAUUCAUUCUGUGGUGGUACAGGCAGCCAGCAGACCAUUCUCCAUGAGGAGCAGUAGAAGAUGCCGGCUCUGCCAGCAUUGCUGCUGUCAAUACACUUCCUUUCCUUCCUGCUAGUCACCAUGCCGCCACGCUCCCUCAGUCAGGCCCCCUUGCUCUCCUCCGUCCGCAUGGCGGCGAUCCUGGAUGACCAGUCUGUGUGUGGGCGUGGGGAGCGGCUGGCGUUGGCCCUUGCUAGAGAGAACAUCAACAGCGUGAUGGAGGGCCCGUCCCGAGCCCGAGUGGAGGUGGACAUAUAUGAGCUGCAGAAAGACUCCCAGUACGACACUACUGACACCAUGUGUCAGAUUCUACCCAAAGGCGUCGUCUCUGUGAUAGGUCCCGCCUCCAGCCCCGCCUCUGGCUCUACUGUCAGUCAUAUAUGUGGCGAGAAGGAGAUCCCUCAUGUAAAGAUUGGUCCGGAGGAAACUCCUCGCUUGCCAUACCUGCGCUUUGCCUCUGUCACUCUGUACCCUAGCAAUGAGGACCUGAGCCUGGCCAUAGGAGCCAUCUUGCGCUCCUUCAGUUACCCCUCAGCCAGCCUGGUCUGCGCCAAGGCUGAGUGCCUGCUGAGAUUGGAGGAACUGGUCCGCCGCUUUCUCAUCUCCCGGGAGACUCUGUCAAUCAGGAUGCUCGAUGACAACCUGGACCCCACGCCGCUGCUGAAGGAGAUCCGUGACGACAAAGUGGCCACCAUCAUCAUUGACGCCAACGCUUCUGUCUCCUAUGUCAUCCUCAAGAAGGCAUCAGAGCUGGGGAUGACAUCAGCAUUUUACAAGUACAUCCUCACCACCAUGGACUUCCCGCUGCUGAGGCUGGACGAUAUAGUGGAUGAGCAAUCCAACAUAGUGGGUUUCUCUAUGUUCAACACCACUCACCCCUUCUAUCUUGAGUUCAUCAGGAGCCUCAACCUCUCCUGGAGGGAGGGCUGUGACCUGACGUACCCCGGCCCUGCGCUCUCGUCGGCGCUGAUGUUUGAUGCGGUGCAUGUGGUGGUGGGGGCUGUGAGGGAACUGAACCGCAGUCAGGAAAUCGGAGUGAAGCCACUCAGCUGCACCUCACCUCAGAUCUGGCAACAUGGGACCAGUCUUAUGAACUACCUACGCAUGGUGGAGUACGAUGGGCUGACAGGGCGAGUGGAGUUCAACAGCAAAGGUCAGAGGACCAACUACACCCUGCGGAUCCUGGAGAAACACAGAGGAGGCCACAAAGAGAUCGGGAUCUGGUACUCCAACAACACCCUUGCAAUGAACUCCACCAGCUUAGAUAUUAAUGUCUCAGAGACGCUGGCAAACAAGACGCUCAUUGUCACCACCAUACUGGAGAAUCCAUAUGUGAUGCGCAAAGACAACUACCAGGACUUCCAGGGCAACGACCAGUACAAGGGCUUCUGUGUCGACAUGCUGAGGGAACUGGCAGGCAUAUUGAAAUUCUCCUUCAAGAUCAAGCUGGUGGAUGAUGGGCUCUAUGGGGCUCCAGAGCCCAACGGCUCUUGGACUGGCAUGGUUGGAGAGCUAAUCAACAGGAAAGCAGACCUGGCUGUGGCAGCCUUCACCAUCACAUCAGAGAGAGAGAAAGUUAUCGACUUCUCUAAGCCGUUCAUGACCCUGGGGAUCAGCAUCUUGUACAGAGUUCAACUGGGUCGGAAGCCGGGUUACUUCUCCUUCCUCGAUCCCUUCUCUCCAGCUGUCUGGCUCUUCAUGCUACUCGCCUACCUGGCUGUCAGCUGUGUGCUCUUCUUGGCUGCAAGGCUGAGCCCGUAUGAGUGGUACAACCCUCACCCGUGUCUGCGAGAGCGUAGGGACAUGUUGGAGAACCAGUACACCCUGGGAAACAGCUUGUGGUUCCCUGUUGGAGGCUUCAUGCAGCAGGGAUCGGAGAUAAUGCCCAGAGCCCUGUCCACCAGAUGCGUUAGUGGAGUGUGGUGGGCAUUUACCCUGAUCAUCAUCUCCUCCUACACGGCCAACCUGGCCGCCUUCCUGACCGUCCAGAGGAUGGAGGUUCCCAUCGAGUCUCCGGACGACUUGGCUGACCAGACUAACAUUGAGUAUGGCACCAUCCAUGGAGGGAGCACCAUGACGUUCUUCAUGAACUCACGUUACCAGACCUACCAGCGCAUGUGGAACUACAUGAACUCCAAGCAGCCCAGUGUAUUUGUGAAAAGCACAGAGGAGGGCAUCGCCCGCGUGGUCAACUCCAAGUAUGCCUUCCUGAUGGAGAGCACCAUGAACGAGUACCACCGUGGCCUCAACUGUAAUCUCACUCAGAUUGGAGGCCUGCUGGACACCAAGGGCUACGGCAUCGGCAUGCCACUGGGGUCUCCGUUCAGAGAUGAGAUCACGCUGGCCAUCCUCCAGCUGCAGGAGAGUAACAGGCUGGAGAUACUGAAGAGGAGGUGGUGGGAGGGAGGCCAAUGUCCCAAAGAGGAGGACCACCGUGCCAAGGGUCUGGGCAUGGAGAACAUUGGGGGCAUCUUUGUGGUGCUGAUCUGUGGCCUCAUUAUUGCCGUGUUUGUGGCCAUUAUGGAGUUUGUGUGGUCGACACGCCGCUCGGCAGAGACCGAUGAGGUAUGCCCCCAUACCUGCCCUCGCCGACCCCACAGACACACCCCAGUGUCUGUCUGUCGGGAGAUGAUCACAGAGUUCCGAAACGCCGUCUCCUGUAAGAAGAGCUCCCGUAUGCGGCGCCGUCGGCCCCUCAACAGCUCGGCAGCCCUGCGCCACCCCACACGAAUAGCUCUGGGGGCCCCUCGGCCACUGCGGCUGGUCCGAGAGAUGCGCCUCAGCAACGGCAAGCUUUACAGUGGAGCCGGCCCGCUGACGGGUGGAGCUGGAGGUGGAGGAGGUGGAGCGGGAGGGACAGGGUCUUCCGAUCUGGGCCCCGGGCCACAGCGGAUGCUAGAUGAUCCGCUGGGAGCCAACACUACUCCUCCCCCACCAGCCCCUACACCUGUGAUGCUGCCUGCCCGUAGCUGCACCCACGUGAGGAUCUGCCAGGAGUGCCGGAGGAUCCAGAGCCUGAGAUCAGGCAGCAGUAUAGGAUCAACCACAACAAGAAUACCACCCUCAUCGGCACCCCUGCCCAGGCUACCCCCACCCCCACCCCCAUCCUCAUCCAACACAGACAGCGAGGGCGGAGGGGGGCCCAGCCCAAGGCGGAUACACCACAGCCCUCCACCUCAUACCUCUCGACCCAUUCCUCCUCCACAGAACAGCAACACCACAGACCUACUGGGCGACCAGGACUGAGGCCGGAAGCAAUGGGCGGGGUGAGAGGGCUGUCGGGAGCCAGUGACGUGGUGACAUGAGGAACAUUUGUGCUGCUGAGAGAGACACGGCUUGUUCCACAGGUGAAAUUCGUAGGAUGACAAAAGAGGAAGAGAAGGAAGGAAAAAAAGCUGAACUCCAUGGGAUCAGGAUAUAGAAAGUGAGAUUACCUUUAAAAACCCUAAGCCUUUCUCCAGCUGAGCUUAUGGCCUACAGAUACAGAACUGGCUACAAGCGUGUUGUGAGAUUGAGAUUUAUUAAGCUUAUGUAAUCAGCUCUGAAGAACAGCUGUGUUUGGACAAAUCUGAGCGGAUGUGCACAUGACCAGAUGAUGGUUUCCACUGGCGUCCUUAUUCACAUUUUGCUCCCCUCUUACUUCACCUUAAGACCUGAGGGUGUUGGAUUCCUUCCUCUGUCACUUUCCUGGAAGCUAAUUACUGUACCCCUCUAGUAAAAUGAAGCCUUGUUGGAGGACAUACUGUAUCCGUAUGUGAUUUGAAACUAAGCAACUAAAAGACUUCCAGAGAAUUAUUUCCUGUUGCUUUUUUUUUUCUUUUAUUGUCUUUCUUGUUUUGUUACCAUUGUUCAAAGUGGGAAUUACAGAGUUAAAUACAGAUUACGUGUGACACUAUGGUGGAUUAUAACAUACUAAGAAACUUGACUGCGACAAAUUGUGUUCAAGAGUUUUGUGUCCCUCCCUGUGCCCCACAGCUGCUUUCUGGAUGUUAUCAGGGAAGGCGAAUGAUGCGACUUCCAGACAACAUAACGCGAACAGUAGCAGAGGAAACUGUUGUUGAUCUCCCUUUCUUUACACUGUGCGUGUGCGUGUGUGUGUACGUAAAAAAUUGUGCUUCCUGUAAGUCUGUUUGUAACUACCCAACGUGAGGAGAACCCGCAUACCCAGCAACAGCAGCCCUCUACAAAUGUUAGAUAAUCAGUCACCAGAAGAGUUAGAGAGAGACAGAGGGAGAGCAAGAGGCUUUGAAAUGUGAAAUUAAUGUCCCUCAUUAUCCUGGGUAACUCUUGCCAGGCCUUUACUUCUUUUUCACCUCUGUUCACACAGUGUAGAAGAGAUAGAGAGACUGGGCGAGGCCGAGCCAGAGACAGAGAGGCGAGAUAGAAACGAACAGAAGGAGAGGAGACAGAGGCAGAGAGUGAAAAUGACACCACUGAAUUUGAAUGAGAAAUCCCUAACUGAGCUACUUCCAUUAUUAGAUCUGUCCUGAUCUGUUAAUUCUGGGCAUCUUUUAAGGGGCUUGUUAAUGUGCCAGCAGGCUGUGGCUGCAGCUUCCUCCCUUCCUCUCUGUUUAACAGACUUGGCUGUUCGCAGUAGAGGCUCCUGCCAGAGUGAUAGACUCAACACAGCCUUGUCAAUACUGUCUCAAGCUUUUGAUCGCCUAAUUACUCCCCUCGUGGCUGGGGACUCAUUCAGUAGGGGGUUGAACACAGAGAAACAUGGUGAUAAAUAGAUUGAGAAGAAAUACAUACUUUUCACUCUGCCUGGGACAGAAAUCUGGUCUCUUUUAAUUGUGUUGUUAAUGUCACAGCCCUACUGUUGUGUUAAAGUGCAACUAAAACCACCCAAACCCUGCAGCAUAUUAGCCACGGUGCUUAAAGGAAAUUGAAUGGUGGAUUUGCAUGUUUUAGCCCUGUAACUUCAAAUUAGGUACACUUCAUAUUAUUACUGGUGAUUGUUCAGAGCAUACUGUACGUUUUUACGCAGGUUUCCAUUCCCCCAAGUAGCAGCUAGCUUGUGCUUUUACAUCAAGUCAAGUGUUGUUUAAAAAUUAAGAAUCACAACAUUUUUUUACAUGUGACAUGAUGAGAAACAUUGAAAGGAUAAGGCUGGUGACAUAUAUUACUGUCAACAAAUGCAUUGAAAAGAUUAAAACCACAAUAAGUAGCCAAAGCCUCAUGUAGCUUAUUCCUUUGUGCCACAAACCCCCAUUGUUUAAAAAUGCACUGAGUCACACGUUUGCGCUGAUUUGAAUAAUGUUUGCUAAAAACUACAGUGCACAGCUGUUUUUACAAAAAGUUUUUAAAUGAAGGUAAAUAUAUUUGUGCCCAUUUUUCAUGAGGUGCAACUUCAGUGCGACCAAGUGAGUUUGGGGCUGAGUGCUACAAACAGGGGUGGGGAAGUCAUAAAGCGUCGAGACACAGAUUAACACACUGGUGGUUUGUGGCUUCAAAUGGGAUCUGUUGACAAGGAAAAAUGUGUGCCACCAUCACCUCAUCAUAUUUGUGGGCAGGUCCAUCAUUUUGUUAAUCCAAAUGUAUUUCGGUGGUUCCUUCCACUGGUGUUCAGGAUCACAGAUCAGAUCGUUUUUAGGGGAGUAGUGAAAGAAUGAGCUGCAGUCCACUCGUUUACAAGAAUGCAUGACAACAUAUCAGGUGUGACUGUUUACUGCAGCAUGAUCUCUCUUUAGGUUACUCUGAUCAAACACACCCAUGAUUAUGCUCCAACUGUGUUGUCUGUGAUAAAACACCUCUGUGAAAAAGUCCCCUGAGAAGAAAAUGUAAAUGUGUCAUCAUUUGCACAAUAGCUCAUCAUGCCUGGAUCAUAUCUUUUUAUUUUUUAUUUAUUUUCCCCCAAUGUGAUAUCAUUAUCAAGUGCUGUAUUAGCAUUUUCUGCACUGCAGGUCACUGACUCAUCACUGUCUCAGUGUUUAUUGAAUCAGUUACCUAAUCAGUUCCCAAAAUAUUCACUGUAGAGUGACUCACUGCUUACUGAACUAGAGGGCAGUUCGAUACACACCCUGAGUUGCAACUAGUGUACUUGGUUAUAAAAAGACUUUCUCGAUGUUCAAGGAAAUUCUGUCACCCUGACCUGAAGGUUUGCUGAUGCAAUAUUUUCAAUGCAAGAUCUUACUGGAUUCCCAUCAUCCUGUUCAGUGUCCAUGUUUGCUGAUUGUUUGUCUUUUAUAGUUUGAUUUCCUGACAGCAGGUUAUAUGAAUGUAAUGCUUUUCAGCCGCUGAUUCUUAAUUCUCAAAAUUCUCUCUUUUCUGCCUGCUGAACAUAUCAGUGAGUUGUUUUAAGUUUUCACCCUCUUCAGCCUGAUUUGAAACGUCAAAGUUGUGAUUUGCACCACUGUUCUGAAAACCUCUUGACACCCAUGACUCUCUUCUCCUUUUUCUUCUUUACCCAAAGAGCUUCAUGCUAUCAUCUCAGAUCUCACCAAACAGCAGGAGCUGCUGGUGCAGGAACAAGGAGAUAAUCCUUCACCGGCUUCUCAACCAUCCACAUUCUGCAGCAAAACAAAAUAUGUGAGGUAACAUGCAACACCAUCAGUUCAGUCUUUCACAAAUCCCCUGGGAAAAAAAACACCGGUAUUGUUGUCUGGGCAAACACGGCAUUGCUGUAUACAAUUAUGCAUUUUGCAGUGAAAUAGAUUUGUCGACACUGUUGUGUUCCAGAUAACAGAUGAUAACAUUGUUUGGACACAUCUUGUUGUUUCUCUGAAUGAUUGCUGUCAGCAGAAGCAGGCCUGAAUUUGGAUGUGUCUUUUUCUCUGUUUACUUCUGCCUUUGUGUCCAGAAUGCUGACAAGGAGCCAAACAAACUUUCCACAUGUAGUCACAGCACACACACACACACACACACACACAGACAGGCUAACAAACAGAGACACAAUCAUCCACAACAUCUUCAUGUCUGAUUUCUUUGUUGUCUACAGGCUGUAAACCUGCAGGCUGUUUUCAUUGUUUUAAAAUUUGUCUUCGCAGUCUGUUUCUCCAUGUCUUUUUUGGUUUGUUCUGUGUAUGGAACAUGAUAUGUAACAGCACCACAUAGCCAGUAAGUGGCCAUGAACAGCUUUAAACCGUCAGCUGAAAGCAUUUACUAGCUGCAAAGCAUUAUUGUGGAGAGGGAGCAAACCCCAAAAAGCCAAAAUAUUGUCAUUAUGAAUACGAAAGGGAAGGGAGGGUCACAAAACCAGUCAGGUGGGGUGUCUGAACAGUCACUCCACAAAACAAACCUUUUUGUUUACUUUUAUGUUCUUUUCUUUGGUAUUUUUUCAUAUUUCUAUACUAGUGCUAAAUGGAUUAUUAAAGCUGAUGAUGAAUAUUA